GGUUCAACUCGGAGUGAUUUGGCAGGCGAAGCGAGGAGUUUGAAAUUUGGCAGAUGCCGGUCGUGCCGAAGCCUUUGGGUAGUCAUAGUAUUUGGACAGUGUUAGCCAUACAAAGUUCCAUCAUUCGCAUCGUUCAAAGCAUCGUAUGCCUUAGCUAACUGAUUAUAGCGCAUCUAGGAGCAGUAUUAAAUGUUGAUUAGGACAAUCAAAUGAUACCUUUUCAUGCAUUAUACCCACCCAUGAUGCAGCCUGAACAUUUGGCUUGGAUGGUCAAUCCUUCCAGCCUGGACGAGGAAGGAAAGAUUCUCGCUGUCCUCAAGAUACUUUGUGGAUUGCGGAUGACGGUCAUGGACCUCAUGCUGUACUCGAUCUCGCAAAGACCUCCAUGGCAACUUGGAGGGAAGGUUUUUUUCGGAGCAAGGCACUUGUACAAUUUCUUGGGCGCCGACGAGCGAGCGAGCGAGCACCUCCGUGUCAGUUUACGACCCCUUGCUAUUCCAAUGGUUGUUCGUCGCCGCUGCGCCCUGAGCGGGGCCAUCUGGCUUUCUGUAACAAACCUUAUAGUCAGGCUGGUUACACUAUAUAAGGAAUAUACAAGGACUCAUGGCACCCGACACGUUGACGAUCGACUGAACGUUGCCGACGGUCAUCGAUUUUUUACAUCCUUUGCGUUCAGUGUUCACUGAACGAAUACUGCCAUUAUCCACAGGCAAACCGAAUGGAAGGAAGGCGCUGACGGCCCGGCCACUGUCUACGAAGGAGAGAUUGCGGGAGUGAUACUUGCCAAGGGCGCCGCAACUGCCAGUUGACAAGGGAGGCGAGAGUCAGGUCAGUG